AUGUCAAAUAUUGAAGGAACUGAGAUUGUCCCUGAAGACUUAAAUUCAUUUUAUUCCACAACUUUUAAUUUGUUUAGUUCAAAUGUUAAAAGCUAUGUUGUUGGAGUAAACCUUGCUAGCAGUAGCACUAUAUUAGACUUCGAAGAAAGUAUAACAACAAAUACACCAAACGAUAUUGUUCAACUAAAAAAGAAAAAAAAAAGGAAAUGGGGGGAAGAAGAUAAACUAAGAGAAGAAGUGGCUUCCUUACAAGUUAAAACAAUUGAACUUGAAAAAAAAAUCGAAGUCAAAAACCAAGAGCAUUGCAUUGAAUAUGCAAUGCUCUUGGUUUUUGCUAUGAACUAUUUAAAGUUCUAUCUAAUAUAUUAUGACUCAAACACAACAGCGGAUAAAGAAACUGAAUCAGAAGUAAAAAAGAGAGGACGAAAAAGAACCUUAACACCUGAGAAAGAGUUUUUUAUGGUCCUAAUUCGUUUGAAAUGUGCAUUUCCUAUUGAAGAUCUAGGGGUUAGUUUUAAGUUAUCGACUAGUCAUGUUAGCCGAAUAUUAAUAACGUGGAUUGAUUUUUUGCAUUCACAACUAAGAGCAUUGCCUAUAUGGGCAUCUAGAAAAACUGUAGAUGAUACCAUGCCUAAAAUGCCUACGUCUUAUAGAAAUCAAUCAGCUCUGUUUUCGUCAUAUAAACACUACAACACCGCAAAAGGAUUAGUUGGAAUUUCACCAGCAGGUGCUGUUACAUUUGUGUCAGAUUUGUAUACUGGUAGGUCUACUGAUUACAAAAUUACAAAACAUUCUAACUUAAUGUCCCUUGUAGAACCAGGUGACUCUAUUAUGGCUGAUCGUGGUUUUGAAAUCGAUGACUUCUUGCCUGAAAAUGUUUCCCUUAACAUACCCCCCUUUCUUAAUGGAAAACCUCAACUAUCACACCCAGAAGAAGUUGAAACUAGAAGGAUUGCUUUUCUUAAAAUUAAUUUCAAGUGA